AUGUCCCUCCUGGACUACUGGGAUACUCACCGUCCCGCCACGAAGCGCAGGAAAACCACAGAUGAUGCUACCAGCCGAGAUGCACCACCAGAAUUAUCAGAACAGGCUCUGGAUGCGGAUACGCCCAUCGCAGCCCAGACUGACGAAGUUUCUCCAGACGCGGAACCUCCCAGCAGCCAGACAGAGUUGGAGUCCUCCCUACCAGAAUUCCUAACGGAUAUACAAGCCAUCGAGGAGUAUGAAAAUGCACGCGUAUCCGAACUAGAAGAGUCCAGUCCCGGCUUGCAUGAGCGCUUGCGAGAUGGCAAGUGGCGAAAGGGGAAAAGCUCCAUCUACGUGGACGCGUUCAAUCUGGCGCUGGAAACAGUGCUAGACGAGGAAGCGCAUCUAUUCAGCGAGGCGGAGAUGGAGGUGUUCAACCAGUGGAGGAAACUAUCCUACGAGUCGCAGUACCUAUACGUACGGCUGUUCCUCCGCAAGACGUCCGCGUGGCAUCGCAUCAACCGACUGGGUUACUACUCAGACAUCUCCGAUAUGUCUGCCGUGGUCGAUGAGCUUCAGCGCACCUGGACCCUGCCUCCUCCACCAGAGUCUUCUGCGGAGAACCCAGCUGGCCUGGAUUCACCCGAGGAACGGGUACUCGGCGAGAGUUUCCGGUUCGCAGACAAGACGGAAGAAAUCACGACAUUGGAAGAAGCCUCUUCACUCCUCCUGCUCGAGGAACUAAAAACCCUAGCCAAAGAGGCCAAGGUGCAGGGAAAGACGAAGAAGGAGCUUCUCGUCGCCUUACAGCGCACCAGCCAGUCGCAGACUGGCCUGGACUGGAACACAGCAGCAGGUUCUGCCCAGCCAACGAAUAGAGACGGCCACUUUGUACAGAAGAUUUUGGACUAUACGGGCGAUUGCAUUCGCCUCGCGGCGGGCCCGCGCGCGCUCUUCGAGCGCGUCCAUCUCGUCUUCUACCGCUCGACUGAAUGGACCGAAAAGUCCCUCACCACCAUCAUCCUCGCGAAGAUAUCGCGCCGGAAUUUCCCCGAGUAUGUCGUCUGCCGGUCCACCUCGAUCUUCCCAUCGCGGGCGUUCCUCCUGGAGUUUGAGACCGCGCUGCGGACCCAAUUCCAGAUCGACAACCUCCUCGAGUUCAACGGGACACCGACUACAGAGCUACUCCAGCAGAUCAAGGACAUCGCAUACAAGGUGUAUCCGCGGUGGAAAGCGCUGCUCGAGGAAGAACAGAGCAAGGAAGACUCGAUCUACGAGUACGGCGAGGGCGCCUACCUCCGGCGUUUCUCCCCCGCGUGGGUCUACACGCGGAUCAUCCACAAAGGUCUGCAGCCGCUGGGUCGGUUCAAGGAGCACAGCGAGGAGCACCGGAUUCUGUCUGCGCUGCUGGCCCAGCGUCUGUUCCACGCGGCUCGCCGAGGAGCUUGGUACCAACGAAAGGCGUUGUUAGAGGAACACUAUAUGUGGGCGCUGACGCCGAGUGACGGCCGCAGCGAGGACCAGCAGAAGAAACACUGGAAGCGCAUCGCUCUGCGGACCUGCGAGGAGGGAUUGGAAGACCCCUACUGCCAUCUCAUCUACCACUACGAUCUCCAGAAGCGGAUUACGAAGCUCGAAAGAGCCCUCAAGGUGGUGAAACGGGAGCAGCACGACUUUGGUCAUGUCAUGCUUGUCAAGCCGCAGGAACGGACCGUGGAGGGAAUACGCAUCGAGCGCGAGGACACACCUGUCCGCAAUGGGUUUGGCCCAGACGAGUCGUCCCGCCGAGGCCGUCCGACGGUGUGGGUGGACGAGAGAGAGGACGGCGCCGAAUGCCGAGUUGAGAGUAUGUGUUUGAGCUGGUAUCGAGAUCAAGGGUGGAAGGGCUAUCAUGCCGAGGGGGGCAUUGUGCGGACCUUGUUCGGAUACCUGUUCUACGACAUCCUGUUCACCUACGUGCCGAACGUCUUUCAAACGCCAUUCCAGACCUGCCCGUUGGACCUGCACACCGACGCCUUUUACCCGUCGCGCGCGUCCGAGAUCAACCACCGUCUUGUAGAAAUAACGAACGGCGGCGCCGAGCGCAUCAUCCGCGCCGUGCAUGCCCGCGAGUCCCCGAAGCAGACCUGCGCCAUUGGAAUCGACUGGUCGUUCGACCUCGAGGACCUGGUGGAAAUCGUCCAAUGUUUCCGCGGCGAGGCGCUCGCCACUAUCUGCAAGGUUCUGACGCAGGAGUACCAGCAACGCGGUGGAGGCAUUCCGGACCUCUUCCUGUGGCGGAUGGACACGAAAGAGGUCAUGUUCGUUGAGGUCAAGUCGGAGAACGACCGACUGAGCGACACGCAGCGACUCUGGAUUCACGUUCUGAUCGGGGCCGGGUUGCGAGUUGAGCUCUGCAAUGCCGUCGCAAAGGAAGUCCGCAGAGUAGAUACAUAG